UAAGUCCUCGAUUGCACUCAGAACUGGCGUCGACACUCUGUCUUCAGUUGCACCAGUCUCUAAGCAGGCCAUGCUUGUUGAUGCAUUUGUGUAGAAUAGUCGCGUGUUUCUUUUCAGUUGCAAGCUCUGGACUUUUCUUGCAGGCACCAUCCCCAGUGUACUUCUUUGCAUGAUCGUUGGUUGAUAUCUUUUCUUCCUUUUACUCAGCAGGCUGGAAAAUUUGGUCACAUGGGGCCAUUGUGUUGUGGGAUCAUAGUUUCGGUGCAGGGACAUCGCCCCACGUGAUCGAGGGAAAGUUGGUGAACGGUAGACAUGGCUAUGAAGAGGGGCGUCAUAUCUGUAGGGCCGCUGGAAUCAUCAAUCGUGAAACGGAGGGACAAUUUGAAGGUUAGGGCCAGAGCAGCGGCUGGUGUUGUGGCCAGUUUGCGUGCCCAGAUUAAGGAAUUGCAGCAGCAGCGCGAUUUCUUAGUUACAUGGAAAGCGGACAUGUUCACAGGAGCCGAUGCGGAGGGUUCUCUUGUAGAUGUGGAACUUCAAGGUGUGGAUGGUGAUCGUGUGCACGCCCACAAGGCUAUCUUGGCAUCGAAAUCAAUUGAGUUUGAGGCAAUGUUCCGCGCAGAUACAGAUAGAAAGGUUGUAUGGAACCUUGAAAUGCCGUAUGUGGCACUGAAAGCUUUCGUUACCUUCUUCUACACCGGCAGGGUCAGUUCCAGUGUUUUGAUCGAAUAUUUAACAACAUUACUAGAUGCAGCGCAUAAAUACAACGUUCAGUUUCUCGAAGUGGUGUGUGAGGAUUCAUUGGUUAAGAAUAUGACAAGCGAUAAUGUCAUCAGCAUUUUUGACGUAGCCAAGAAACACUGUUCAAGCGGGUGUAAAGAGGCUGUUCUUAAGAAAGCUCGAAGUUUGGGAGAGCUUUCAAGCUUCACAGAGUACAAAUUCUUCACGCAAUCAAAUCCUGGAUUGUUAUUGGAACUCUACGAGCUAUUGACGGAUCGAUCAGAUCAAUCCCCGACCAAGAAAAUGAAGCUUUCAAGAGGGAACGAAUCUGAGCAGGCGAAUGGUGAUAAAGCGCCACUUUCUGAUGAGGAUAAUAUGAAAUCUGAAACUGACGAAGAUGAAAGCGUUGAUGACGAAGAAGUGAAAACAGCAACGGAUUCGAUGCCAGAUAGAUGCAGGAUCCCACAUGCAGCUCAGUGGUAUAUCCCCGUUUGGAACACCAAUCUACUGGCAUGGAACACCGAUGCCCGGUCACCCAUUCCGUCCAGUUGGAUUCGAGAGUGCAUGCUUUCCACAUCUUCAAGGGGCUUUUUGAGAGGGGCACUUACACACUCACCUGGGCAACUAGAAGCACCUAUUCUUGAGGAAGUUGUUGCAGGCAAAAAGAAAGUUAGUGAGGGAGAAGAUCCGAAGAAACCGAAAGUUACACCUUGGCAGCAAAAAGAGAAAAGAUGCUUGUUGCGGGGAGUCAAAACGACUCACAACAAGAAUAAGAAGUUUAUCGCUACUAUUACAGUCAAGGGACAACAAAUUGGCUUAGGAAAAUGCUGCUCAGAGGAAGAAGCUGGGCGUCUUUAUGAUCGAGCAGCGUUUGUGAUUGGACGCAAGACAAAUAAUGAAUUGCCUGAUGACAUGAAGGAAGAACUCAAGGGCAUAUCAUGGGAUGACUUUAUUGCCUCUCUUCAAGAAGUGACAGCUCUUGAAAGUGGGUCCUUUCAUCACCAAAUCAUAUUCGUUCCCUUCUACUCAAAUCAUGCAAACGUCAGUAAGAAUUAUGUGUCAUUUGAUUAUCGAUCUAAUGUCCGAAUAUCAUCAAACAUGAAUUCUCCAGAUGACUGCAAUGGAUAUGUUGACGCUGUCGUUGUGUUGCAGAGAUUCAUCAUGGGAAGCUGGAUAAUGGAGAUAGUAACGAGAUUGAUUGUGAUUAAGAGCACGAAGAAGAACAGCAAGAACAGGAACAUGAGCAAGCACCUGAGCAAUUACAACAGCAAGUUUUAGGCGAUGCUUCUGAGCGUUCCUCCCCAGCAUAUUAGAUCACCUGUAGAUCAGUUUGAGGCUAAAAGACACGGCCAUAACAGUUUUACAAUGGAUUAUACUGGACUUACAGGAAUUUCUCUUCAAGUUACAAGCUUCAGACAUUACCUGGUAAGAAUUAUUGGAAACUCAUUGAGCCAUUGAUAUUACUAAUUCUACUUAGGUAGGCAAUGAGUUUGGUCUCUUCCAUCACUCCAGCAUUGAAUAGACAUUAGAAUCGAUUGACCACUGGAGCCAUCAAUCUUGUGAUAAAUGUAAUGCAAAAACCUUCUGAUCUAGGCAAGGCAACGUGAAAGAACCGCUGGCAUCCGGACAAACGACGAAGGGCAAGUGCACCUGGACAGAAGCAAUACAGCUUGUAACCACAACAAGAAUUGGCGCUUGUAUUUGAAACUUGUAGCUUGAAUUCUAGGAUGAAUGCUAAAAAUGUAGUCGAGGACAGGUGAUAGUGCUCAUAUCUAUAAAACGCAGUGAGACCUGUUAGUUUUAUUUGUUUUUAUCAUCAACCAUCAGGUCGGUCUACACAAGUAACUUGUUACUUGCUCAAAUUUUAUCUAAAUGGGUGCAGCAACGGAAAAGGUGUAGCUAGACAGCUUUAAUUGAACGCUUUAAGUUGCCCCAUAUCUUAUAGACGAUACACAUCUGGUCACUCGAAAUUUUACCUCUCAUAAAUCUGUUUACUUU